AUGGCUAGCGCAGGGGCGCAGUAUCGCGGCGGUGCGCAGCAGUGGGCGGCGGCCUAUGCGCCGCAACCCUGCCGCUACCCGCCGCCGCAGCCGCAGCAGUACGCUGCUGCACCCAGCCCUUAUACUCCACACCAGUACACGGGCACUGGAAUGGGUGGAGGAUGUGGCGCGGCCGGAGGUCGCGUGCCGACGGCGGCGUCGCCCGCCAACACGGCGUCAUCGUCGUCGUCCAACACGGGCUCGGCCGGCGGCACGCGCUCCACCAGCCUGAGCACCGCGCCGCCGCCCCCGGCUUCUUCCGCCUCCACCACCGGCGCCGCAGGGGAACAGCUCAGCCGCACCAACCUCUACAUCCGAGGCCUUAGCCAAAACACCACCGAUAAAGACCUUGUUCAGAUGUGCCAAAUGUAUGGCAACAUAAUUUCAACAAAAGCAAUUUUGGAUAAGAAUACAAAUAAAUGUAAAGGUUACGGUUUUGUAGAUUUUGAAACAAUCGCAUCGGCUGAGGCAGCUGUUAAAGGAUUACAAGCCAAAGGUGUUCAGGCCCAGAUGGCUAAAGUGGGUAUCUGGUUCCUGCGUAGACUGAACCGUAUUUGGAGAGCAACUACUUCACCUAUUACUCCGGGGCAUUUACAGCAACAAGAGCAGGAUCCCACCAACCUGUACAUGGCCAACCUGCCACCGCACUUCAAGGAAAAUGAUGUGGACCAACUGCUGGCCAAGUUUGGCCAAGUGGUCUCCACGCGAAUCUUGCGUGACACCCACGGCCAAAGCAAAGGUGUGGGCUUUGCAAGGAUGGAGUCCAGGGAGAAAUGCGAGCAGAUUAUCCAAAUGUUUAAUGGGAACCCUAUUCCGGGAGCCAAGGAGCCUCUACUAGUUAAGUUCGCUGACGGCGGUAACAAGAAAAAGGCGUUAUACAACAAACAAAACGAUAACAAUGGAAGAGCAUGGCGAGACAACAACGAUUCCAUUACCCAGGCCGCAAUGGCUGUAAGUGGCGUUUACGCUGGAGGAGUCGGCGGAGCUGGAGCUGGAGGCGAAUGCGCUGGAGUAUACCGCGGCGGCGGCAGCGUGUACGGCGUGGCGGCGUUCCACCACCACCCGCAGCUGCACCACCACCACCACGCGGCGCACCCGGCCGCCUGGCUGGCGCCCUACGCCGCGCUCAUCCCGCCCGCGCACCCUGCGCACCACGCUACGCACCCCGCGCACCCACAUAUACCCAUCGACGCUGUGCCUAGCCAAUACGUAAACUGGGACAGCUUAAGGCCGGAAAAUGAGUUAUACUACUUCUCGUCGCAUCCGUAUCAGUACUUCGCGGGUCCGACACCACCGAUCAUCCAGAUGCCGAUGGAGAGCGAGCACGCGUCCACGGCAGCUUCACCCGACGAGGCCUACCAGCCGUACCCGCCUCCCAAGUAG